GUUGGAGGCCGGCCGCGAGCAUCUCUUGCCCAUUGACUAUUACUUUCCACCUCAGAAGACUUGCCUGAUCUGUGGCGAUGAGGCAUCGGGGUGCCACUACGGAGCCCUCACCUGUGGGAGCUGCAAAGUCUUCUUCAAACGGGCGGCUGAAGGUAAACAGAAAUACCUCUGUGCCAGCCGCAACGACUGCACCAUCGACAAAUUCCGAAGGAAAAACUGCCCGUCCUGCCGCCUGCGGAAGUGCUACGAAGCGGGGAUGACGCUCGGAGCCCGCAAGCUGAAGAAGCUGGGUAACCUGAAGACACAAGACGAGCUAGAGGCAGGCAGCUCCUCGAGUCCCACUGAGGAGCAAGCACCCAAGAUGGUGAUGACGCGCAUUGAUGGGUACGAGUGCCAGCCCAUCUUCCUCAACGUCCUGGAGGCCAUCGAGCCUGGUGUGGUGUGUGCUGGCCACGACAACAGCCAGCCCGACUCCUUCUCCAACCUGCUGACCAGCCUGAACGAGCUGGGGGAGCGGCAGCUGGUCUACGUGGUCAAAUGGGCGAAGGCCUUGCCAGGGUUUCGCAACCUGCACGUGGAUGACCAGAUGUCCAUAAUCCAGUACUCCUGGAUGGCCCUCAUGGUUUUCGCUAUGGGUUGGAGAUCUUUCACCAACGUCAAUUCCAGGAUGCUGUACUUCGCUCCGGAUCUGGUCUUCAAUGAAUACCGCAUGCACAAAUCCAGGAUGUACAGCCAAUGCGUCAGGAUGCGGCACCUCUCCCAGGAGUUCGGGUGGCUCCAGAUCACACCCCAGGAGUUCCUCUGUAUGAAGGCUCUGCUCUUCUUCAGCAUCAUCCCAGUGGAUGGCCUGAAGAACCAGAAGCUCUUUGAUGAACUUCGGAUGAAUUACAUUAAGGAACUCGACCGUAUCAUCGCUUGCAAGAGAAAGAACCCUGCGUCCUGCUCGCGGCGGUUUUACCAGCUCACCAAGGUCCUUGACUCCGUGCAUCCGAUCGCCAAGGAUCUGCAUCAGUUUACAUUUGACCUGUUAAUUAAGGCGCAUAUGGUGAGCGUGGACUACCCCGAAAUGAUGGCCGAGAUCAUCUCUGUGCAGGUGCCCAAGAUCCUGUCUGGCAAAGUCAAGCCCAUCUACUUCCACGCGCAGUGACCGUCCGGAGGGACCCCCCGUCCUGCCGCCCCGUUCCAGCCAUCUCCCGCCUGUUGUUCUGCACUCCUGU